CCAGCUCAGCGAAAGGAUCGCCCAAAGAUGAGUGACUUCAGCAUCGAGUACAUUUUGAACCGUGCCGGCAAUCGAUUCGUGGGCACCAACGACUCCGUGGGUGUCCUGCAAAGGAUUCGUGCCAGCCUGCCAUUUCAUCCGUACGCCCAAGCAUCGUACUCCCUAAAGGAGCAGCGUGGAGGAUCUCCGCCAGCUGCGGUGGAGGGUCAAGUUCCCGUCUACGAUUGGCUGCAGUACACCCGCUAUCAUCCGCCCAAGUUGCCAAGGGCUCUGCGCCAAAAUGCACCCGCCAAAAGGACUCCAGGUCGCCUGCCCCGCAUCCCCUUCACUCCCCACCAGCUGCAGGCUCUGGAGAAUGCCUACAAGGAGUCCAACUACUUGAGCGCCGAGGAUGCCAACAAACUGGCCGAAUCCCUGGAGCUGACCAACACGCGGGUCAAGAUCUGGUUCCAGAAUCGGAGGGCCCGCGAAAGGAGGGAGAAACGCGAAAAGGAGGAAAGCUGCGACUCCACCUUCUCCUCGAAUGCUUCCAGUCCGGAACCGGAAAUGAUCGUUGUAGCUUAA